GACUACUCCCUUUUUACUAAAUGGACUCAUGGGAAAAUUAUUGUGUUGCUAGUCUAUGUUGAUGAUAUUAUCCUAGGAGGAGAUUCAAAGAAAGACAUUGGGCAGGUGAAGGCAGCCCUAAGCAAAGAGUUCAAGAUCAAAUUGCUAGGACCUCUCAAGCACUUUCUAGGUUUAGAAGUCAGUAGAACUGCAGAAGGGUUAGAUGUUUGUCAAAGGAAGUAUUGCCUGGAACUUCUAAAGGAUACAGGUUACUUAUAAUCAAAGGGUUGCAAUCCACCUAUUGACACUAAAGUGAGGCUAACAUAUAAGGGCACUCCACUAGAAGAUGCAGAGGGAUACAGAAGACUGGUGGGAAGACUACAUUACCUGACAAGGCCAGAUAUUGCAUUUGUUGUACAACAGUUGUGUCAAUAUCCAAAGGCACCAUGUAUGGAACAUAUGCAGGCAGCAUACAGGGUGUUGAGGUAUUUGAAAUCCUCCCCAAACCAAGGCAUCCACUUUAGCGGUGAAGCAGAAUUGAAGUUAUCAGCCUACAAUGACUCAGAUUGGGCAAGUUGCCCUGGCACACGAAGGUCCAUUACAGGGUACUGUACUCUGCUGGGAUCCUCCCUAACAUGGAAGACCAAGAAGCAGGCCACGGUUUCGAGGUCAUCUUCAGAAGCAGAGUAUAGGGCGUUGGCACACCUGGUAUGUGAAGUGGAGUGGUUGAAGAGAUUGUUGUCAGAGUUAACCAUAUAGAUUCCUUUGCCUAUAAUAGUGUAUUAUGACAACAGGUCUGCUAUACACAUAGCAGAAAACCCAGUCUUUAAUGAAAAAACAAAACACAUCGAGAUAGACAUGCACGUUACAAGAGAAAGGGAGCUUGGACUAAUCAAGUUGAAGUAUGUUAACACUACUGAGCAGUUGGCAGACAUCUUUACAAAGGGUCUGGAUCGGUUCAGAUUGAAGGAUUGUUAGUCAAGUUGGGGAUCAAGUUGAUACCUUCAACUUGAGGGGGGAUGACAGAGCUGGAAUGUUUACUGGAAGCUUGCUGCAGUUCGUUGAAGAACAAGGAAGGAAAUAAGAAGGUUGCAAUCCUUGUUGCAUAAGGAAUAGAAGUAGGAGAAGAAACAAUGUCGUGCUGAAGAGAAGGAGUCGUAUUGAAGACGAAGAGAAGAAAUAGACUGGAACGACAACGUAGCAUUAAGUAGAUGGUAGCCAUUAAGUUUACUAUUUAUUUAAACUUUUAGUCUAUCGUUUGAGGACACGUGUCGAUGUUUUAUGUAAUCAGUCUACCUGAGCUUUCCUCUUCCACAAAAUCCAAGUAAUUCGUUAGUAGCUGCUAUCUUCCUUUCAUUCUCUAACUUCGUUUCUCAUAAUAGGAGUGAAGGAUCCGAUCAUUUCUUGUUGCAAUGUAGUUUAUAAAUGUAAUUUCUAAAAUUCUGGCUAAUGGUUUAGCAAAAUCGCUACCAAAGAUCAUGAAAGUUUUUCGGGAGAGAGAGCUCAAAGUUGGGAAGUAGUAUUUCUACUGUUAAUUGCUUUCACUGAAACGAAUAACAAUUCCAACUUUACUCUUUUUUCUCCUGAUCUCCUCUCCUUCCAAUGCUGUUUGUAGCUGCUCUGCAAUGCAGAGAACCGCAAAACCAAGGCUCCCGCUUCACCUAUUCCAACCCUUGAAAUCCAAGAGAUCCGUGCCUCUCCUUAAGCAUCCUCCUCCGCCGUGCCUCAUCGUCAUGUUGCUCCUGCUUGACCUCUCACAGAUCCGUCACCGAGAUGCCUCGGCCCAGAGACGGAGAUCCAUGCGCCCUCGUCUUGAUUCCCGACGACGGAAUUGGUCUCGUCACCGGCUCCGUUGAGCGCUACGAUGUCCACGGAAAUAUGCCGAAGGUGCCGCUGGAGGUCAUCGAAUUGAUCAAGAAGAACAAGGCAUACUUGAUUUGUACGCUUCCUAUAGUGAACUGCUUCAAUGUACCUGGUUUGCCUCCAUGAGAAAAUGUCGACAUCGUCAUGAUUAGAGAGAGAACGGAAGGGGAGGUCAUCCCUGGCAUUGUCGACUGCCACAAGGUAGCACCGAAUCAGAUUUCUUUUGCUUUUCUCCAUUGGAAAUUUUUCCCGAUCCUCACUGGAGUUCGAUGUUAGAAUCUCAUACUACAUGGUUCGCUAGGUGAUUACGAGGUUCCGGCAUAAUAGGAUAUUGCAGAGCCAGAAUCGAAUAAGUACAACAAAAUCAUCGUGAACAACUGAUGUAUGCAUCUUGUUUUCAAGCCUGAGCAAUCGAUCUUAUGGUAAGGAAUCUCUGUUUCUCCAGAUCUCAUAGGCUGAGAAAUUCCUCUUCUUUUAGUUGUUGAUUAACUUUUUCAUAACGAGCUAUAGAAGGCACGGUGUGGAGUAAGUAGCAUAAUAUUUUGUCACUAAUUGAGAUGAUCAAUAAUGGAUGCAUGAGUGUGAAAUUGUGUUUUGAUUAACUGGAGCAUAAGACAUUCCCCACGUGUAGAUCGGAGCUCACAGCUGCUUUCCUCCGAGGAAUUUUUUGUUUGUUUGAGAUCUUAGAAAUCUGUAAUUCGAUUCCACUAAUUAGUACUGUACUCAACCAGUACUUACUGACAAUGGAACACUAAACACCGCACAAUCAGUUUGCUUAUGUGGUAGUCGCUGCUUAGCUGAUUAGUACGAGUUUCCCCUGAAUUGCUGGUAACUGUUGUUGCAUCUAUCAUGAAUUGCAUUUGAGGACAAGUUUUUGCAUGCUUUUGUAUUUGUCUAUGGUUUUGGAAAUGCUAUUAUGAUUUGUUGAAAAUGGUUGGUCGUUUGGUUGGUAGCUAAACUACUUAGAACAACUACUAUAGAAACGAAGCAGAUUUAAGGAUAGCUACAGCUGUGUAUUGCUGAGCAUGUUUUGUCAUUUCGAUUAGUAUUGCAUCAACUGACAUAGCCUUCAUCCCUUUCUACAUGAACUGUGUUCAGUUUCGGUAGCCUAAUCCUGGCAUUGGCUCCUAGUUUGAAUCGUGGAGCAGGGUCAGAAGCUGCCUCCUACAAAUGCGCUUUCUAUCUUGUUUUCCAGCGGUGAUUGAAGCAUACCUACGGGAAAAUUUGUUAACAGUUCUUCAUGUUACCUGUCUCUUUUAUUUAUUGAUGUGGACUACUAAUGAUUUUCUGUUUCAUUUUGUGGGAGGAGAUGCAGACUGGAGCGACAUUGAUAAUUUUCUCUUUUAUUUUGCUAGACUUACUGGUGAGUGCAUAGCCUUUUUACUUUUCCUUGAAUCUGGCCUUUGAGUUUCGAACAUGAUGAAGCAUCAACACUACUUAUGACUUCCCAUAUUUCAGGUACAAACUAUUGAAGUUGGUUGACCAGCUCCACAACCAUGGUCCGUAUCACUCAAUUUUCUCAAGGUAACUUCCCAGGAAACUAACAAUUCCAACUCGUAAAUUUUUGUUGUUCUAUUUCAGUUAAGUGUUUGCACAUAUUUGUCACCUUAUCCAGUUCAUCUAACGUGUGGAUACAACAUAAUGAAGUGUGAGGAAUCAUUGCAUAAAUUAUCGCCCGAAGUUAGACUAAAGGAUCCAAGUGCCUAAGCUGUUGUAUCUCAUUUGUCGCCCAUCAUUCUUUUUCAUGGAACUGCAGAUAGAUCAAUGUCAUUAUGCACGAGGUCAGAGAGGCUUUACUUUCUUUUGCAGGUGAUGUGCUCUUUUCAUAUAGAUGGAAUUUGUUUCAGGAAUGAACUUGUUGAUGGAUGGUCUUGUGAACUGGCUGCUAAGUUAUCUCAACUUUCAGUAUACUUCUAUAAUGCAGGGUCUGAUAGAACCUGUUGCUAAGAAUCUAUCGGUCGGGUUGUGGAAUUGGGAUUUAGGGAUUGAAGAACAAAAUUAGAGAUUUGAGAAGAGAAAGAUAGAGCAUCAGCUUAAGCCUUUAGAGAGUUGAGAUCGAGAAUUGAGAGGAUUGGGAGAUUAGGGUUUAGGAGAGUUUUUCUUAACAUUCUUCUUGAUUGAUUCUGAAUAAAACGCAAAAUACAUAUUUAUAACUAAAGACCGGAAAACCUAAUAGACUAUCCUAAUGUGA